CGGUAACCAUGUCCUCCAUGUAUUCGUCAACCGGCCUCCCCACGGAAAUCCGGUACAACCCUCACCGUCGAACCCGACCAAGUGCGCACCGGAUUCGUGAAAGCCUGACGAGCCGGUUCGCUAAGUGCCUCUGCUCCAUUCUUCUUACCCUCGUCCUCGUUGCAGGCAUCAUCGUCUUCAUUCUCUGGCUCAGCCUCCGGCCUCAUCGACCCCGAUUCCAUCUCGUCGCGUUCGCUGCCCCCGGUGUCGCCACCCCGGCCGGUCUAUCCGGCUCACCCAUUUCCUUCAAUGUGACGGACCGGAACCCAAACGCGAAAAUUGGCAUUUAUUACGAUGCCAUGUUCGGUACGGUCUACUACAGGGACCGGCUGGUCGGGUCCGGGCCGGUCAUGUUCCCCUUCUUUCAGCCUCCGAAGAACACCACGCUGAUAACUGGGCAGCUGAGUGGGGCGGCGAUCGAGGCUGGGGGCACGUUAUCGUCGCAAUUGUCGGCGGACGCGGCGGCCGGCCGCGCCGAGCUGCGGCUCGAGCUCAACUCGACCAUCCGGUUCAAGGUGAAGGCAUGGGACACCCACCACCAUCAUUUGCAUGUGGAGUGCGACCUGGUCGUGGGCUCGGAUGGAAGUAUACUGCCGGAGUCCAAUAACAUCAAGUGCCCCAUCUAUUUCUAAGAUCUGUAGCAUUAAACCUUUAUCAGGAAUCAUCUGUUGAGUUUGUGCGUAUGCAUCCUCUUGCAUCUAUCUUUUUCUACUAUGUUGUAGAUUAAGUUCA